AUGCCCGCCCAGCGCCGCACGCGCACCGCAGCAGCCCAGCACGCCCCAGCGCCACCACCACGACGCCGCCACAGCUCAGACGACGACGACGACGACGAGCACCGCCCCGAGUCGGCCGCGGCCUCGUUCCGGCGCGACUUUAACGAGGCCGUGUACGCCUGCGUGCGCCGCAUCCCCGAGGGCAAGGU